UAUGCAACAAAGUGACUCAUAAUAGCCACAAACAACGCAAACAAUAGAUGAACAACCAAAACCGAAGGAUACACGUUAUAAGACGAGUGUAAGGUCUUUGCCUAACUUGUAAGGAUGUCACGAAGACAAAAGGAGUAGAGUUUGAAGAGUUCGAUUUGAAAUAAGAAUUAAUGUAAGGUCUAGCAGCAGCAAAUUAUGAGAAGCCAUCUCCUAUUUAAGAAGAGUCAAUUCCAUUUGCAUUGGCAGGAUCUAAUAUUAUAGCAAGAGCUAAAAAUGGCACAGGCAAAACAGGAGCCUAUAUAAUUCCAAUUCUAGAAAUGAUGGAGAAAGAAGGUCAGAUCUAGAGUCUGAUCUUAGUACCUACAAGAGAAUUAGCUCUAUAAGUUUCUAGUUUAGUAAAGGAGAUUGGUAAGUAUAUGAAGGUUGAAUGUAUGGUUUCAACAGGAGGUACUGAUUUUAAAGAGGAUAUCUAUAGAUUGAAACAGGUAGAGAGUUAAAUGAUUGUAGGUAGUUCAUGUAUUGGUUGGAACACCUGGAAGAAUAUUAGAUUUGGCAUAAAGGAAAUUAGCUGAUUUGUCUAAAUUAAAACAUUUUGUUUUAGAUGAAGCUGAUAAAUUACUUUCAGUUGAUUUUUAACCACUUAUUGUUAAAAUACUUUAAUUUGCACCUCCAGAAGUAUAAAUUAUGAUGUUUUCUGCAACAUUUCCUGUUGAUGUUAAAGGUUUUAUUAAUGAACAUGUUCCAUAAAUACAAGAAAUUAAUCUUAUGGAAGAAUUAACAUUAAAGGGUGUAACAUAAUAUUAUUUAUUUAUUGAUGAGAAAUAAAAAGUCAAUUGUUUAAAUUUCAUAUUUAGCAAACUUGAAAUAAAUUAAGCAAUUAUAUUUUGCAAUUCAGCAAGAAGAGUAGAAUUAUUGACUCAAAAAAUUACUGAAUUUGGGUAUUCAUGUUUGUAUGCAUUUUGUAUCAUUCUAUUAGCUACAUUCAUGCAAAAAUGAAUUAGAAGGAUAGAAAUAAAGUAUUCCAUAGUUUUAGAAAAGCUGUAGGUAGAUGUCUUGUCUCUACAGACCUCUUUACUAGAGGAAUUGAUAUUUAAUCUGUCAAUGUUGUCAUAAAUUUCGAUUUCCCAAGAACUGCUGAAACAUAUUUACAUCGUAUAGGCAGAUCAGGAAGGUAAUUUAAUAAUUAAUAUAAUAAUUAGAUUUGGUCAUUUAGGUUUGGCUGUUAACUUUAUAACUGAAACAGAUAAAGAUACUUUGGUGUAAAUUGAAUAAGAGCUAGACACUGAUAUUAAACCAUUUCCAAAAGAAGUUGAUAAGAGUAUAUAUUGAU